AUGACGACCAAUGCAACUGAACAAUUACAACUUGCUGGCUCAGCCACAUCGACAUUUAUAUCUUCAAUAAUCUUUAACACAGCAAUUACUGUUGCUGCAUUCAUUACUUUUGAUUUAAUAAGAAAGAGAUGUGUUAAAGUUUUUGAACCAAAAACUUAUCUUGUCCCUGAAAGAAAACGUGCGCCGCCAGUUCCUAGUGGGUUCUUAAAAUGGUUGAAGCCAACCUUAAUGGCACCUGAUAAAGAGCUCAUAUUGCGAGCUGGAUUGGAUGGAUAUAUGUUUCUUCGUGUUAUUCGGCUUUUCAUGAUAUUGUUUUCUUUAUUCACGAUAGUGGGUCUUUGUUUGAUUUUACCUUUGAAUCAUAUUAAUCAAAGUGAUAAACGUGGGUUGGAAAGUUUUACCAUUGGUAAUGUCAAGGAUAAAUGGAGAUUAUAUGUUCAUGUGCUAAUGUGUUACAUUUUCACCGCUGCUAUUCUUUAUACGAUGUAUCAUGAAUAUUAUACGUACGUAAGGUUACGUCACGAAUGUCUUACAACACCAGAGCAUCGUAUAUCCCCACGUGCGACCACCAUUUUGGUUGUUGGCAUUCCUGAUCAACUUAAUAACGAAGAAGAUCUAAAAACCUAUUUAGUAAAAUCAUCUAGACUAAUAAGUCUUACAACUAAAAGAAUGAAAUUGAUUCAUAAACUUGAAUGUGCCGAAACAGAUUUUCUUAUAAAAUAUUUAAAAUAUCAAAAGGGUGAUGAAUCAGAACAAGACGUAGAAGAUGGAGACAAAGUUCCUGUAUUUCUGCGUCCAACCCACAGAACAAUUCCCUUGAUCGGUAAAAAAGUGGAUUCUAUUGAGACAUAUCGCGAAGAGAUUCAAAAACUUAAUGAAGAAAUUAAUGAACUGCGGAAAAAGAUAGAUUCUUUUAAGAAGUUAAGAUCUGCAUUUAUCCAGUUUAAUAAUUACGUUGGCGCUCAAUUGGCUGCAACUUUGACAAUCCCACGAUUAACCGAAAUAACUCGAGAAGACGUUAUUUGGGAAAAUCUUAAUCUUACGCGUAUACAAAGGAUAGUUAGAAAA